CUUCAGCUCAUCCACUCCAUUUCCUAUUCCUAACCCCUUCAAUAACCUAAUUCCUAAAUUGUUUCCUCUCAAAUUUCAUUUUCUCAGGGAAAUAGUCGUUCAAAAUGCCGAAGAAAAUGGGAGUGAAUAGCAAAGCCGAAGCGGCUAGGGCUCGCAAGACCGCCACCGAGGCCGAUCGAAAAGAGCGCGAGGCCAGAGAAAAAGAAGAACAAUACUGGCGCGAAGCCGAGGGAGCCAAGUCUCGAGCCGCCAAGAAACGCGAAGAGGAAGCCGAGAAGCGAGCCGAGGCCGCCGCCAAGAAAGCCGAGGCUCGCCGAUUAGCCGAUCAGGAAGCCAAGGAUCUCGAGAAAAGCAUGAAGAAGCCCGAUAAGAAGGCCAAUAGGGUUUCAGUCCCUGUGCCUAAAGUCACGGAGGCGGAGCUGAUUCGCCGCAGGGAAGAGGAGCAGGCGGCCUUGCAGCGGCGCGCGGACGAGGAUAAGAAGAAGCAGAAUCGUAUUGCGGAUGAGGAAGAGUACGAAAGGAUGGUGAGCGUGGUGAAUACUAAUCGUGAUGAUGCUGUUAUUGAGGCAAGAACAGUGGACGAAGCUAUUGCGCGGAUGACGGUCGCGGAUACUUUGCCAGUAGAUAAGCAUCCCGAGAAGAGGCUUAAAGCUUCGUUCAAGGCUUUCGAAGAAGCUGAGCUUCCUAAACUGAAGGAAGAGAAACCAGGUCUAACACACACUCAAUACAAGGAUAUGAUUUGGAAACUCUGGAAAAAAUCUCCUGACAACCCCCUUAACCAGAUUGCUGACAGGUCGUGAGAUCAUCUUGUCAUGAGAAGCCUGGUAGUUUUCCUUUAUGGGCAGAAAGUAAGCUGCAGUUUCAUGUCUGUCUGAGCAUAUUCUGAUGAUUACGGAGACAGCUUUCGCCUCCUGCUUCUCUCCUAAACUUGCAGUACCCAUUUCAACUUGACACAAUUGGUUGAGAUAAUAAACUGUACCCCAUAAAUCAGUCUGAAUAAGUCCUUGUGUAAUUAUAUGAAAGCAAUUAAGACACAUUUUGGUCUUGGCAGUAAAUGACUGCAUGUAAUGAGAUUUAUUUGACAUGUAAAGAGAAUGGUUGAAAGAUAUUAUUGCUUCUAUUAAAGACAAUUCUAAUAUUGUAACCUUGCUAGUUUGAUGUUAAUUUUGACCCUUGGUGAGUUUGAGAA